AUGGUUGUAUUCGAAAUAACUGUCCUUGGGGCCAAUGGAGGACCUACUGAAUACGGAACACAGUGCUUUAUACUCAAACCUGCUAGAACGGAAGAUCCAGAAUUAAUAGCCAUAGAUGGCGGCUCUGGGAUGCAUCAAUUACGAGAAAUGUUAGUACAAGGGCAGCAUGACAAUGAAAGUUAUGACGAAUUCGUUCCAAGUUUUUACGAACAUGACCGAGAACCUAUAGAAUUUUUUAUCCACCCUAAACUGAGCAUACAAAAGGGCCUAUCCAAAUCUUUGAUACAAUCUUUAAAGAGGCAGGAGGGUCAUUUUGAAAGUGCUAAUAUAACAAAGCAAACCUUUAAGGUAUUUCAGGGAAUUACAGACUACUAUAUUACCCAUCCUCACUUGGAUCAUAUCAGUGGACUAGUUGUAAACUCUCCUUCAAUAUACGAGCAAGAAAACACUAAAAAGAAAACUAUCUGGGGUUUAUCACACACAAUUGAAGCCUUGCAAAAACAUGUCUUUAAUGAUUUAAUAUGGCCAGAUUUGACAGCUGAACGCUCGGAAAAAUUGAAGCUAAAAUUUUUGAACUCCAGGGAAGUCCAGAAGUGCACCAUCUUUCCCUGGGAUGUGAUACCGUUCAAGGUUCACCACGGGGUAGGCGUCAGAACCGGCACGCCAGUAUACAGCACCUUUUAUAUUUUCAGAGACAGGAAAAGUAAAGACUGUGUAAUAGUUUGCGGAGACGUUGAACAGGACCGCAGGGAAUGUGGAGAAUCUUUAUUAGAGGAGUUCUGGUCCUACGUUGCUGAGAAUAUACCACUUGCACAUCUCAAGGGUAUAUUAGUCGAGUGUUCUUGCCCGCUGUCUUCUAAACCUGAACAGUUAUAUGGGCAUUUAUCACCAAUAUAUUUAAUCGACGAAUUAUCCAGUUUAAACACUUUAUACAAUAGCAGUAAAGGAUUAAGUGGUUUGAAUGUUAUAGUAACUCACGUGAAGGCAACCCCUGCUAAAAGAGACCCAAGGCUAACCAUACUUGAAGAGUUACGAUUUUUGGCUGAAGAGAGAAACCUAGGAGAUUUGAGGAUAUCUAUUGCACUAGAAGGUUACACUUUGUUUCUAUAA